AUGAUCUGCGCGAGACAAGUUUUCAGAUGCUUCAGGAGGCUUGAGCGUAUUGCGGACAGAAUCACAGGCGCCGCCGGCCCUCUGUUCGUUACCCUCGGGGUCAUCCUGCUCUCCAGCGGAGCGUUCUGUUUCUUCGAGGUGAUACAACCGACCUUGCCUCUCCUGUGGCUCACAACCCCCAUAUGCGCGUUGAUCGCGUUCAACCUCUUCAUGCACUACUACUGGGUGUGCACCAUCCCGCCGGGGUUCAUAGACGACCCGCCACUGUCGCCGGAACCGCGCUCGGGAUGGAUGUGGGCGCAGAAAAGGACGAGCACGCCGGGCGGAGUGCGCUGGUCGGAGUUGUUGAACGUCACAAGAGCGAGCAUGCGGCGGUGUCGGAAGUGUCUUGUGAUGAGGCCCGAGGAGGUGCUGAUGGGUGUGCGCUGCGAGAGGUCUCACCAUUGUCGGAUAUGCAACCGCUGCGUGCUGAAGUAUGACCAUCACUGCCCAGUACGGAUCAACCAGUGUGUCGGCUUGCACAACGAGCGGCACUUUGUGCUCUUCCUCAUAUACCUCUCGAUCUCCACAUUCUGCUACGCCAUCUCCGGCUGGCCGCACGUCCUUUCCGCAAUGGGGUGGCACGGAGACGAUACGUGGGACUACUAUGCCCCUCCAAUCGCGUUCGUCAUCACCUUCAUACUCUCUGCCAUCCUCUUUUUUGCAGUGACGAUCAUGACCGCGUGGCACCUGUAUGGUAUCGCGUGCGGGGAGACGUCCGUGGAGGCGGCGGACAACGAGAUGUACCGGACGAUGGCGAAAGGGCGGGGCGAGACAUUCGUGAAUUCCUAUGACCUAGGAAAGCGGAGAAACCUUGAGCUGUUCUUCAAUGUUGGCCAGGAUGGAUACCCUCUUUAUACCCUCCUCUUCCCCUUUCGCAUCGAACCAUAUACCGAUGGCCGCGCGUGGGCGCGUCGGCCAGGAUUGGAGAGGCACCGCGGCGUGCAGGAGGGAGAGGAGCUUACGGAUGACGAUGACGAUGACGAGGAGGAAGAAGUGGCAGUAUGA